GGCAAGCGUCGUCGGUCAAAAUGGCGGAAUCCGUGGUGGACGGGUCCGUUCCCGUCGUGAUAAGUAACGGCAACGCGGCGACUCCCGCGCCCGCCCCGACUCCCGAUUCGGUCACGUCCGAAAAGGACGAAGACAGCGAGCUCAACCUGGAUAAGAACUCUCUGCUGGCUGUCCUGAAGUUCCUCAAAAAGAACAAGCUCCAGGAGACCGAGCUCAUACUCCGCAAAGAAGCCAAGAUCCUCGGAGACAACAACCUUCAAGAGGACGUGCAGGCGAGUUCGGACGUGAGUAGCGUCCUCUCGACGUACAAAAGCGAAGGCGACCCGGACAUCUACGAAGACACGUACACGGUGUUUAAGCGCUUCGUUGAAUCGUCGCUGGACUCGUACCGCCACGAACUCGCCAUGAUCCUCUACCCGGCUUUCGUUCACAUGUACCUGGAGCUGGUCUACAACGAGCACGAGGAACAGGCCGUCAAGUUCAUGGAACGCUUCGGGCCCGAGCAGGAAGAGUACUACCAGGAGGACGUCAAACGCCUCUCGUGCCUCACCAAGAAAGAUCACAUGAAGGGUAACGAGUUCAUGGACAACUUCCGAUCGGGACAGUUUACAGUUCGAAUGUCCCGCGACACGUACAACUUCCUCAAGCGGCACCUCCAGGACAAGAAGAACACUGUCCUUCAAAAUAUUAUCCAGGAACACCUGUACCUCGAUGUCUACGAAGGAAUCGCGCGGAUGAAACCCCAGCUUGACGCUACGGCCGGUGCGUUCCUGGGGGAGGCGGCUCGGCAAGCGAAUAAGGUCAAAGUCUACUACGGGCUCCUCAAAGAACCCGAACUACAUAUUCCGCUCGACGAAGACGACGACGGCGGUGACGGAGAGGACAAGCCGAAGAAAAAGAAGCCCAAAAAGGACCCUCUUCUGUCUAAGAAGGCGCGCAACGACCCCAACGCGCCCCCCAACAAUCGGAUUCCCUUGCCCGAGCUCAGGGACGCUGACAAGUUGGACAAGAUCAGCGCCAUGAAGGAGGCCAUCAAGAGGGUCAAGCUGGGCCCGGACAGUCUCCCUUCCAUCUGCUUCUAUACUUUUCUCAACAGCCACUUGGGGGUUACGGUGGCCGAGAUAUCGGAGGACAGUACCCUUCUUGCGGCAGGGUUUGGGGACUCUCUGAUAAGGGUGUGGAGCCUGACCCCUAACAAACUGAAGGGGAUGAAGUCUGCGCACGACCUGGAGACAAUUGACAAGGAAGCGGAUGACGUCCUGUACAGGAUGAUGGACGAGCGCAGCGGCGUGGAGAUGCGUGUCCUGAUGGGCCACAGCGGCCCGGUGACGGCGGUCAGCUUUAGCCCCGACCACACAUACCUCCUGUCCUCUUCCGAGGACUCCACCAUUCGGCUCUGGAGCCUGCUGACGUGGACGAACGUCGUGUGCUACAAGGGCCACUGCUUCCCCAUCUGGGACGUCAAGUUUAGCCCGCACGGCUUCUACUUCGCUUCGUGUGGUCACGACCGGACGGCCCGGUUGUGGUCGACGGACUCCUAUCAGCCCCUACGAAUCUUUUCUGGUCACGUCUCCGACAUUGACUGCAUCCAGUUCCACCACAACUCUAACUACGUGGCGACCGGGUCGAGCGACCGGACGGUGCGCCUCUGGGAUGUCCUGACAGGCAGCUGCGUCCGCUACAUGACGGGCCACAAGGGCCGCAUCUACUGCCUCCAGUUUAGCAACGACGGUCGCUUCCUCACGUCGGGUGGUGCCGACUGCAAGAUCCUCCUCUGGGACGUGGCCCAUGGGCACCUCCUGGCCGAACUUGCAGGGCACACAGACACCAUCUACUGCCUCUGCUUCAGUCGAGACGCGACGCUCCUGGCAUCCGGAGGCAUCGACAACUGCAUCAAGCUCUGGGACUUCACCAGGCUCCUGGACGAGAUUGACCUGGAAGAACUCAACAUCUCACACGCGCCCACCGUCCGGACCAACUCGGACGGUCUGCUGCUCGGCUCGUACCCAACCAAGGCGACCUCAGUGCUGGCGUUGCACUUCACGAGACGGAACUUGCUGCUGGCUUCGGGGAUGUACCAGAGUGGGUCUUGAGUGUGUGAGCAUGAAACCUCAUCUAAGAGUGAUCUCCGAGACGAACUGGCUGAGGGCCGGGCACAUCGGUUACCGGCUACACUUCGUUGGCUUUCAGUCUGACAGUUCAGUGAAGGCUAGUAGUUUGGAACACUUGCCUUGCAGCUGGCCAUUGCAUAAAUGGUCGUGCAGUGAUAGAUUUUUUUGGAAGCUAAGGCUUGAUGCCCCCAGCUCUCUUGGACUGGGUCUUGUUGUCUAAGAGUGAUUUGUGAGGUGAACUGGCUGGGGUGUGAAAUAUGUGUUACCAGAGGCACGUGGCUACGCUUUGUUCACCUUCAGACUGACAAUUGAGUGAAGGCUAGGGUUUUAUGGGACUUGCUUUGCAGCCUGCAGCACUCCAUUGCACAAAUAGUCAUGCAGUGGAAGUUUUUUUUUUCUUUUCUUAAAGCUAUGGCUUAGUACCUCCAGCUCUCUUGGCACACUGUCUUGUUGUCUAAAAGUGAUCUGCAAGAUAAGCUGGCUUGCAUGCAGACACGUCUGCAAUCAGAGAUGCAUGACUGUGCCUUGUUGGACUUCAGACUAACAAUUCAGCAAAAGCUAGGGGUCUGGGCCACUUGCAGCCAUCCAUUGCAUAAAUUGUCAUGCAGUGAUAGUUUCAUUCGAAGCUAUGGCUAGGUACCUCCAGCUCUCUUGAACAGUUUCUUGUUGUCUAAGAGUGAUCUGCGAGAUGAUCUGGCUAAGGUGCAGGCAUAUGCGUUAUCAGAAAGGCAUUGCCACACUUCAUUGACUUUCAGACUGACAAUUCAACGAACGCUAGGGGCCUGGGCCGCUUGCCUCGCAGCCAUCCAUUGCACAAAUGGUUGUACAGUGAAAAGUUCCUUUGGAAGCUCUUGCUUGGCAUCUCCAGCUCUUAGCACAAUGUCUUGUCUGUGAGAUGAACUGACUUGGACAUGGGUACAUUUCUUACCAGGGAGGCAUAAGCAUGCUUUGUCAGUCAUCAGACUGUCAAUGCAGGGAUGGCUCUGGGUGCAGGCUAUACUUGCUUAGCAGGUACAUGCUUUCCAACUGCUCGAGCAGUGGAAGUUUCUUUGGAAGCUAUGGCUUUGUACCUGCAGCUCUCUCUGAACUGUCAGUUUAAGUGUAAAUGGGGAACCAGCUGCCCUGCAGUAGGGUUUCUUUGACUUCACCACAAGCGUUUGUUACUGCAAGCUGUCACGAGCUUAUGCCCUGUUUGGGAGGAUGGCUUGCAAUGCAAUAUUCUGAGGUGUUCUUCAUUUGUACAUAGGCUCAUUAUUUAUCACCCUUUUAUAUUUAAUAAAGUUGUGCCAACCUUUC